AUGAAUCCAUCAGACUACGUUUAUUUUAUCAUAACCAAAAAACCCGAAAAUCCCCUCCAUAUCAAGCUUGGAAGUAUUUGUUACACCCGUGAGUUCACGUACAAUACACAUAACGUUUCCCAGCCUGGCCGUCGCACAAAAUUACCAGUCACGUUCUUAAAAUCGCUGAACAACUUAAUGUAUAAUAUUGACGUAAUCUACAUGGAGAAACUGAGUCUAGAGGAGGCCGAUUUUCUGUUAGCCUGUGAGCCUGAAGAUGAGAGACUUCACCGGUUCAGAGACAACGCUUUCCAGGCAUCCCUGGGACUCACCGUGGGAACUAAUGUGAUGGUGAAAGAACAAGACGAGAUGCUGAUGGGCGUCAUUCGCUAUAUUGGACCAAUCUUGGAACCAGAUUAUGUUAAUCCCAUUAGAGGAAGAUUCUUUGGAAUUGAACUACAGAAACAAGACAAAGGGAAGGGAAAAACCGAUGGAAGCUAUGGAUCUAAGACAUUUUUCCUAUGUGAGAAAAACUGCGGCAUUUUUGCCCCAUUCUCCAGAGUGAAGCCUUUAGUUCCAACCCCUGUGUCGCCUUCCAUGGCACAGUUCCAUAGUCAACAGCAAGCACAAAACAUAUUUCCUGGAGACAACGUGUAUUUCUUCAUCGAUGAUAAAUAUCGCUAUGGGAUAGUACUAGACAUUCAGGAAGAUGGAGGACAACAUAUUGUGCAGAUUUCCACAGACAAGGAUGAGAAUGGAAAAAGAGGGGGAGAAAUUAAACUUCCACUCUACAUGGUUAACAAAGGAGAAUGUCUUUCAGGGUCUAGAAGCAUGGACAUCGAUAUUCCCCCUGUGGAAGCUCACACUGAUCUGAGCAUAAGUCUAAACUCUGUUGUUGAGGUGACUUUAGGUAAAGGGAACUCGUAUGGAAUUAUCCGCUGGAUCGGCAGGCUACCCGGCCGUGAAGAUAUGAUGGUUGGACUUGAGUUGGAGGAAGCCUGUGGCGUCAGCGACGGAACAAUUCAUGGAAAGCGUUAUUUCGACUGUCCUCCAAAGAGAGCUUUGUUUGUGAAGCUGAUAUCCUGCCGUCCUGAUUCACGAUUUCAGAACAUAUCAGCCCAAAACAACAUGAUGCUAGAACUGGAUAAAAAUGAGGAAGAUGGAAAUCACGACACAAGGAAGCUGGAGACUGUUCCUCCAAUCAGCACAGAGCAGGUCGAAAAGCUUUUGAUUGGACGAAUGAAGGGGAUCCAAGGACACUGCAACUCCUGCUACAUGGACUCUGCCCUCUUUGGAUUGUUUUCCUGCUCCUCUGUGUUGGACUCUAUGUUGUUCAAAGCAACAACUCCUCAGGAUGCUCCAAUCCAGAAAAUUUUACUCCAUGAUAUUGUCAACCCACUCCGCAGUAAGGGAUUUGUUCAUGGGCGACACAUCAUGAGGUUUCGAGAGCAGCUGCAGAAACAUGGCUACUGUCAGUCCUUCACCACUGAUGAGAAGGAUCCAGAGGAGUUCCUCAUCAUUGUGAUGCACCACAUUCUUGUCCUGGAGCCUCUGCUGAAGCUAUCGGCUGCUGGCAAAGUGCAGGAGAGCUACUGCUAUCAGAUAUUUCUGGACCAGAACCACAGCCUGGUUCUGCCCACAGUCCAGCAGCUACUGGAACAUUCUUUUCACAGUGGAGGACUCAAACUGGCAGAGGUGCCGUCCUGCCUCAUCCUUCAGAUGCCUCGCUUUGGGAAGAAAUUCAAGAUGUUCAGUAAAAUCAUUCCCUCCCUGGAGCUGGACAUCACCGACCUCCUCUCUGAGGGUCCUCAGCAGUGCAUUAUGUGUGGACACAUGGCAGUGGAAGAGUGCGCCGACUGUUUUAAAGAGCCAGUUUUUAGCCAAACAGGAUUUAAAGUCUUCUGCAAGACGUGUUCCACUCAGGUGCACUCUCACCCUCAGCGCCUCUCCCAUCAGCCUGCAGCCCUGGAAGUCCCCAAAGGCUACAUCGACCGCGGCAUCCCCCACUCGCUCACCAGAGACCGCCUGGAGCUGUUCGCUGUGCUCUGCAUCGAGACAAGCCACUAUGUGUCCUUUGUCAAACACGGACCAAACACACGUGACUGGAUCUUCUUCGACAGCAUGGCCGAUAGAGAAGGAGAGAGAGAUGGAUUCAACAUCCCUGAGGUGCAAGCCUGUCCUGAGGUUGGCAUGUACCUGGAAAUGUCUCCUGCCGAGCUGGCCAAUCAGGUGCCGCGGGACAUGAAAGGUGUAGCCAAGCGUCUCUUCUGCGACGCCUACAUGUACCUGUACCGGAGUACGAGCAUGUGUCUCUAUCGCUGAGGGGACACUUCACUACUCCCCAGAAACCCGGUUUAGCAUUUUCUUUUGCUGCAUUGCUUCAGUUUUACAUGGCUCUAUGUGGAAACUUACACAAACUGUAAAUUUGUUUUGUAUAUUUGCAAACAUAAAAGAAUUCCCUUGAACAUUUUCCCUCUUAAUCCAAGGAAAAUGUUUUCAAGCUUGAAUAAUUUAUAGUAAUGCUGACUUUUGUUGUACGAAUGAAGGACAAACUGACAGGAAUUACAGGUGCAAUUUUGCACUAAAGGAGAAAAAAACAAACAAAUGACUUGUUGAUAUGGAAUAUUUGAAUGUAAUAUUAAUCUGCUGAUAAAAUGUUGUGGUAUUCAGGAGUGUACAGUAUGAUCAAAAAAUUAUUUCAGACCAAAUUUUACCAAGGACACAUAAUCCAAAAUGUUUUUCAAAUGCUGUAAUACAACAUAUAGUACAGUAAAUCUUGUUAAUUUUCUUUCCAAAAGUUAACUAUUUUUGUAUAAGCUCCAAGAGUAAGAAUUGUUUUCUUUUUGUUCUGAUUUUCUGAGAAGUUCUAUAUUUUGGCGUAAAGGUAAUGUGGGAUAUACUAUAAAGUUGAGGAAACAGCACUUAGAAUAGCUGCUAAGACUUUUAUCGUGAUCUUUUCUAUCCAUAAUGUAUGUCAAACUCCUCCUAUUGUUAUAUAUUACAUUGAAUCUAGUGAAAUAAAUGUAGUUUUCUGAAAGGA